UCCCAAUCAGCUCGCGACGGAAAGGCGCGCUCCCUCCCUCGCUCUGCCUGCGUCCUCUCCCUGCCCGCUCUUCUCAUCCCUCCCAGUCUCCAUUUCCCUUCCGUUCCCUCCCUGUCAGGGCGUGAUUGAGUCCAAGGCAGGAUCAGGUUCCCCGCCUUCCAGUCCGAAAAUCCCGCCAAGGAAGCCGCAGAGCAGAGGAAAAUCCAAGGGGGAGAGAGGGAAAGAAAGAGACCAGUGAAUCACCGUCUAGGAGGGAGGGAGCAGCCGCCGCGCCACGAGCAGCAGCGACUCGGGUACCUGGACUCGGAACAGACCACCUCGCCCCUUUCAACAAAGGCAGCCGAAGCGCCCAGAGCACAUUUGCAACUCAAAAAUGCAGUCCCAACAGCACCUGCAGCAGCGUCGAAAAUUCGCAGCUGCCUUCUUGGCAUUCAUUUUCAUUUUGGCAGCUGUGGACACUGCUGAAGCAGGGAAGAAAGAGAAACCAGAAAAAAAAGUGAAGAAGUCUGACUGUGGAGAAUGGCAGUGGAGCGUGUGUGUGCCCACCAGCGGAGAUUGUGGGCUGGGCACCCGGGAGGGCACCCGGACUGGAGCUGAGUGUAAACAAACCAUGAAGACCCAGAGAUGUAAGAUCCCCUGCAACUGGAAAAAGCAAUUCGGAGCGGAAUGCAAAUACCAGUUCCAGGCCUGGGGAGAAUGUGACCUGAAUACGGCCUUGAAGACCAGAACCGGAAGUCUGAAGCGAGCCCUCCACAACGCGGACUGCCAGAAGACAGUCACCGUCUCCAAGCCCUGUGGCAAACUGACUAAGCCCAAACCUCAAGCAGAAUCUAAGAAGAAGAAAAAGGAAGGCAAGAAACAGGAGAAGAUGCUGGACUAAAAGACGCCACCUUCUGUGGAACAUGAAAAGGACGUCAGCAAGCAAGAUCAGUUAACUAUUGCAUUUAUACCUACCGUAGGCUUUUUAUUCAAAAUUAUCUAUAGCUUAAGUACACAAUAGGCAGAAACGAAAAGAAAAGAAAAUUUUUGUAGUAGCAUUUUUUAAAUGUAUACCAUAGUACCACUAGGGGCUUAUAAUAAGGACUGUAAUCCUAUUUAGACAGUUGACUUAUAGUACAUGAUAAAUGGUAGAAAAUUGAGGUAAGUUUUUUGAAGUUAUGUGAUAUUUUACAUUUAAAAUCUUUUUUUUUUUACACUUUUUUCUUUUGGCAGCAAUUUAAAUGUUGUGACCAUGUAAACAACUUCUCUUCUUAGGUAAUUUUUUUCUCUAGACUUUUUUUCCCAAUUGAGAAAAGUAUAUACUAAACAAAGCAGCAAUAAAAUUAUAAUCAUCCUAUUUGAGGAAAACAUCUUGUUUUCUGCCAAUGGAUUUUUAAAAAAAUUGUAGUCAGCAAAAUAGAGGGAGGGAAGCAGAGCAUGCCCUAGUUCCAUGUUGACUUUUUUUUUAAAAAAAAAAUCAUUAAAACAUGAAAUUCUUUCACUUUGGCAGAAACAUUUGUUUUCUUGAUGAAAUUAUUUUUCCAUCUGAGGAAAAAAAAUGAUUAGGAAAAUAAAUCAAGGUGAUGCU